UUUAAUAUAUUUUAAUGAACACUAAUAUUUUUAGGAAGGAAAAUUAUGAAUUUAUCUCUUUCUUUCUAGGCUCUCUGCUCCACACAAAGAAUGUAUUAUCAAGGGGUGCUGCCAAGAAAAAGUGUGUUGGAAAACCGGCGCCAAAUCUGUAUUUGGUUACGUUGAUCACAACACUACUCAACUAAAAAAAGCGGGAUUAUCAAUAUUUGGACAACUUUGAAGAUCAAUUUUGAAAUAAAGUGAGAAAAAAUGGAAACGCCGACGGGGAGUGGGCAUCCGAAUCGCCCCACCCGCACGGCCACGCCGCGCCUCUCGGAGCGCAAGCGCCAACUGUUCAGCAGCCUCGUCUCCAAACUGCGGAAGAUCCCCGACGAGGAGAAUGCAGACACGGAUACACUGGGGGUUUCGCCCUUAAAGCCCCACGCAGCUGUCAACAGGGACAGACGCAGCCUCUUUGUGACAAACGAGUCGGAGGGAAGCUCUGGGUGCUCUAGCAGUCCAGAGACCAAUAAGGAGAACAAAAGAUCGACUCGUGGCGUCUUUAAAGAAGGAGGAGAUGCGGCUGUAGUCGUGGCUGCUACCGAGGAGCACCUGCCGCUGUUGUUUACAACUACUAUGCGUUUGAACAGCAUCAGUGGCAGUAGCCACACCAGCAGUCCAAAGACACCAAAGAGUCGGAGGCAGCCAGAGGACACCGCCAUGUCGUCGCCCUCUGAACUGGGAUCUCCCCCAAGUGUGGCACCACGCAGAUCGAGUAGACGAAGUACAAGUGCCUUUAAAAGACAUCUGGACUGCGAGGAUCAGGCUUUGAAACCCAUUAAGAAAAGUGAGGACAAGGCGGCAGGAAAGGCCAAGAGGGUCAGCGAGGAAGACCACACAUUAGAUUCUUCAGUUGGACUUGCAAAGAGCAGCCUUGAGCCUUCCGUAUCCGCUAUCGGAACAUCUAAAGUUAACCCAGUGAUCGUAAAAAGUCGCAGUAAUAGUCCAAAAUUAUCCCACGAGCCACCGAUUCCGGAUAAAAGUCAAAAGCGUGUUGCCACGACUCCGACCUCUAGUGAUUCUGACGCGAGAUCACCGCAGAGCAAGCUGCCAAAGUUGAACCUGGAGAGCAGCAUUCCCACCAUGUCCUUUUACUCCCACAGAAAAUCCGGUAAUUCAGAGACCAUGCACUCGGUCAGCACUCCCAAGAGUUCAAAACGAUCUGGCCGGGCGAAACCUGGAGCGAGGACUCGGACGUCGCCAACUUCCCAACAACGGUUGAAUAUCAACAAGGGAGUGCACCACAAGAUAAAGAAGCCAAAUUUCAACCGAAUGGCCCACACCGAUCUAAACCACAUACUCAAAUCGCUCAACAACGAGAGGCUAAAGAACCUGAUAACCACCAAGCGAGAAGAGCGCGCCAAGGUGGAGGAAGUGCAUCAGAUCCUCCGCAAUGCUCGCGAUCCCAUUAAGAUGGCGAAACCGCUAAGUGUGAUAUCAGCCGACGACGCCAAUAACAACAAUAACAUGUGGCAGCAGAUGGAGGACGACUUCUCGGACCUUAGCGACGAGGACGCCAAGCAGCCGAGCAUACCAUUCGAGGAGAUGGAGCCGAUCAUACCGCUGAUUCGCCACGAAGUCGUCAAAACCUCGCCUCCUUCGGAGACCGUGGACCUGAGCAAGCGGAAGUUCUUCAAGUCUGGCCGCAGGAGCAGCACCUGCAUGGAGGUGAAGAUCACGGACAAUAUCCGAGCCAGCGUUAGUCAGGGAAAGAUUGCACUGAUCCAAGCUCCUCGUAGGAAGCCGAGAGGAGUUCGCGUAAAGUCAGCCACUAUAUUCUCCGCAGAACAAGCCACGGUGGAUGCGAUCCUUAAGAACCUGGAUGACUCGGUGGUGGGCGACAUUGUCGAAUCUGAGCCCAUGGACACGGAGGCUGCCCCGAAGGCUAUAGAGUACAUAGAACCAGUGGUUGAUGCCGACAUUAAUCCAUUUUCUGCCUUCCGUGACCGCUUGCCCUAUCAAACGGAUGACCCCCAGCUAAUCGAGCAGCAGAAAAUCCUACUGGAGUUCCUCAUAAGCAACAACAUCUGCACAGAGGAGAACUUUACGAUUUUCAUCGGAGAUCCCGACAACCACAAGGAGGAGGCCAACAAAAUCAUAGAUGAGCUGUACAUGGUGGUGAACAGCGAGGAGGCCGCACUCGACGACUUGUUGUCAGACCCGAUGGAUUGGCCUGAAGUGGAACCGCUCGACUUGCCAAUAGAUAGGGAGGAGCAGCACACAGUAGCCGAGGUGGCUCAACCAGAAAAACCUUCCGCAAGUGAAGCAGGAUCCCAGCCUAAGCUGUUUCCGAUUUUCAAUCAGCGACUGCAGCCGGUUGUAAGGCAAACUACUCGCCGUAGACCUGAAACGUUUACAAGAAAACUUAUGACAGCAGCUGGGGGAUCCAAUCAGUACCAGAUCGACGCGGGUCAGAAAGCCUUUGGGGCAAGGCAGUGUCAACAGUGCGGCCUCGUUUACACUGUUCACGAGCCGGAGGAGGAGCAGCUGCACCGCGACUACCACAACUCGAUACAUGUGCUGCGAUUCAAGGGCUGGAUAGAUGAGGACAUUGUGGCCGUCUUCCCGGAGUGGUCUAACGACGCUCGGAUCAUUCGCAUCAACGAAAAUGCUCCGUCAGCUCGGUUGGAUAGGCUCAAGGAACUCAUCGGUGUGGUGGACAAGGAGCUGGGCUACACCUCGUAUAUUGUGCCAAAGGUGUUCGUGGCCUACCUGGCAGUACGAAAGCAGCAAAUUGUGGGAUUCUGCCUGGUGCAGCCCCUGUCGCAGGCCCACCGCUUCAUCCAGGUCGAUGGCACGGAUUACUUUAGCGAGGAGACCUAUGAGGCUAGCUGCGGCGUGUCCCGGAUCUGGGUUUCUCCUUUGCACCGACGGAGCGGGAUUGCCAGUAAGCUGCUGCGAGCCGUCCAGUAUCACACAGUGCUCGGCCAGGAGAUACCUAUGGAGCGCAUAGCCUUCAGCACGCCAACGGAUGACGGGCGGGCUUUAGCACGACACGUUACCGGUUUGGAUAACUUCCUUACCUACGAUCAGUGACCUGGAAAACGCAUAGAAAAAUUGCUAUUGAAUAGCUGGAUUAUUUUUAAUUUCAAACCUGUAAUAGUUUCUAAUUUUUUGAACGCGAGAUUGGAUUAAGUUUUCUUUGUUUUCAAUGGUGGAGCCCAUUGUCUCCCUCUAAUAUGCAAUAAAUUUAUUUUCAUAUA